AUGGAAAACACAACUCUAGAUCCAGACCUUUUGCUCCUGGAGGGGUUAAAGGUCACUCCUUCUUCGUCUAUCCCAGUCUUCAUCCUGCUGCUCCUCAUCUAUGUCUUCGUGAUGCUGUCCAACGUCGGCCUGGUGACCAUGAUUGCCCUGCAGAGGAGCCUCCACCAGCCCAUGUUCCUGCUGUUCUGCAACAUGGGUGCCAACGAUGUGCUCGGUGCCUCCACCAUCAUCCCCCCGGUGCUGAGCACCAUCUUCACACCGACCGCGCAGAGGUACAUCCGCUACAGCAGCUGCGUGCUACAGGCUUUCUUUGCUCACUUCCACGCUAGCGUCGUCCACACCGUCCUUAUGAUCAUGGCCUUUGACCGCUACGUGGCCGUCUGCAAGCCGCUGCACUACGCCACUAUCAUGACCAGCAGGAUGGUGGUGAAGCUGUCCAUGUCAGCCUGGGCGGUGUGCUUGCUGAUGGUGUUGGUGCUGGUGGGGCUCAGCGUCCGCCUGUCCCGCUGCCGGGCGGUUGUACUCAGCCCGUUCUGCGACAACCCCUCGCUGUUCAAGCUGUCCUGUGAGAGCAUCCUGGUCAACAACAUCUACGGCCUGGCCUACACCGUGGUCCUGCUGGGUUCGUCACUCGGCAGCAUCACGCUCACCUACCUGCGAAUCGCCAUGGUGUGCCUCACCAACCGCAGCAAGACCAACAACUCCAGGGCGCUGCAGACGUGCGGCACUCACCUCGUCCUCUACAUCAUCACCUUCCUUUCAGGAGCCCUCAUGAUCUUUUUCCAUCGAUUCCCUGACUUAUCAGACCAGAGGAAGAUGGCCUCCAUCCUCUUCCAUGUUGUUCCUCCGGCUAUGAAUGCCAUCAUCUACGGACUGCAGAUCAAAGCCGUCCGCCAGAAGAUUUUCAUCUUAUUUACAAAGAACACAAUGGCAGAAAUGAAGGGGUAA